AUGCGUACCUCGCAGAUCCUCGCCCUCGCGGCUGCCCUUCCUUCCACCCUGGCCGCCUACAAGGGUUUCAAUUAUGGUUCGACGGGCAAUGACCAAGCCGCUUUUGAAGGCCAAUUCAACUCGGCCAAGGCUCUAGGCUUUACUUCUGCUCGUCUGUACACCAUGAUUCAAGACGGGACCACAAGCACUCCCAUCUCUGCCAUCCCUGCGGCUAUAGACACUGGCACCACGCUCCUGCUUGGCCUGUGGGCUUCCGCCGGCGACGCUGAUUUCGCCAACGAGCUUGCCGCCCUCAAUGCCGCCAUCACCCAAUAUGGCACGCCUUUUACCGACUUGAUUGCUGGCAUCAGCGUCGGCAGUGAAGAUAUUUAUCGCAUUACCCCCAUCGGCAUCGAGAACAAUUCCGGCGCUGGAGUGGGUCCAGCUACAAUUCUCAACUAUAUCGCCCAAGUUCGAUCGGCCAUCGCCGGCACCUCGGCUGCGGGCAAGCCAGUCGGCCAUGUCGACACUUACAAUGUUUGGACCAACGCUAGCCAGAAUGCUCUGAUCGGGGGCUGCGACUUUCUUGGUGUGGACGCAUAUCCUUGGUAUGAAACCACGAAAGCCAACAGCAUCCAAAAUGCCGAUGCUCUCUUCUGGGGUGAUUAUGACGAUACCACUGCCGUAGCCCAAGGCAAGCCUGUCUGGAUAACCGAAACCGGGUGGCCCGUGUCGGGUCCGAACAGCGGACAAGCUGUUGCCUCCGUCCAGAAUGCCCAGACUUACUAUGAUGGUGUCGGAUGCACAGCCUUCGGCGAAGGCAUCAACACUUGGUGGUACACCCUUCAGGAUAGUGGUGCCAGUCCAAGUUUCGGUGUUGUGGGCGCUGGUUCCCCCCCUCCCACCGCGCCGCUGUAUUCUUUGAGCUGCUAA